AGGUCACUUCCGCUCGGUUUUCGAGCGGAAGCGAAGCGUGGAGAAGUAUGGCUGACAACGGUUUGUUGGAGUCUGUUCUCCAGCAUGUGGAGAAGGUGGACGACGGCGUUGACAGUCAGGCCGUGGCGAUUUCGCUGGGCUUGGACCAUCAAACUGUGGUCGGGGCCGUGAAGAGUCUACAGGCUUUAGGAGAUGUGAUUUUGGCCGAACAGCGCACUUCGAAGCACUGGGAGCUGACAGGGGAGGGUGCUGACAUUGCAGAGCGGGGCAGUCAUGAGGCCCGGGUCUUCGGCGCUAUCCCUAAAGAUGGACUGCUUCAGACUGAGCUAAUGAAGCUGCCCAGUGGGAGGGUGGGUUUCAGCAAGGCCAUGUCCAGUAAAUGGAUCCGCAUGGACAAGGGCCAUGAAGGAGGACCCAGGGUCUUCAGGAUGGUGGAGACCAUAGAGGAUGUGGUGAGGCAGAAGCUGCUCCUGGUGCGGCAGGGAAAGUCGGCUGAAUUGGAGGAAAAGGACAAGAAUGAGCUGAAGAAGAGGAAACUACUAACCGAAGUGACAGUGAAGUCUUACUGGAUCACCAAGGGAGGUUCUUUCAGCACCAGCAUCACCAAGCAGGAGACGGAACUGACGGCAGAGAUGAUUUCCAGUGGGAGUUGGCGAGACAAGAAGUUCAAGCUCUACAACUUUGAUGCGCUGGGCAUGGCCCUCGACUGCGGUCACCUACACCCUCUGAUGAAGGUGCGCACACAGUUUCGCCAGAUCUUCCUGGAGAUGGGGUUCACAGAAAUGCCCACAAACAAUUUCAUUGAGAGCUCCUUCUGGAACUUCGACUCCCUGUUCCAGCCCCAGCAGCACCCUGCCCGCGAUCAGCACGACACCUUCUUCUUGUCCGACCCAGCUUUAGCUCAUGAGUUCCCACAAGACUACCUGGAGAAAGUGAAGAAGGUCCACACAGAGGGGGGAUAUGGCUCGCAAGGGUAUAAAUAUGACUGGAAGCUGGAGGAGGCUCGGAAGAACGUUCUUCGGACACACACCACAGCAGUCAGCGCCCGCAUGCUGUACCGACUCGCACAGCAGGAGGAGUUCACGCCAGUCAAGUACUUCUCCAUCGACAGGGUUUUCCGCAACGAGACUCUAGAUGCCACUCACUUGGCAGAGUUUCACCAAAUUGAAGGGGUGGUGGCUGACUAUGGGCUUACCCUCGGCGACCUAAUGGGAGUUCUACAUCAGUUCUUCACAAAACUUGGAAUCACGAAACUUCGCUUUAAACCUGCAUACAACCCAUAUACUGAGCCUAGCAUGGAAGUCUUCAGCUUUCAUGAAGGUCUGAAGAAAUGGGUUGAGGUGGGUAAUUCUGGGAUUUUCAGACCCGAGAUGCUGCUGCCCAUGGGACUCCCUGAGGGGGUGACGGUCAUAGCUUGGGGCCUGUCGCUGGAGAGGCCUACCAUGAUCAAGUAUGGUAUCAACAACAUCCGCGAACUGGUGGGACACAAGGUCAACCUUCAGAUGGUCUACGACAGCCCCUUGUGUCGACUGGACUCCUAAUUUUACUCUGGCAUAUUUGAGGACAGGCUCCCUGUUAGGCUCGUUCUCACUUUCUCAUGUAAGAAUCAUGUACUACCCAGAUACAGACUCACUCGGUUCUUGUUUUAUUUAUUGCCUCUUGUGGUCCUAAGCAAAGUCACAGUGAAAUUUUAUAACAUGAUACUACAUCUACUGUGGUUUAUUGUGUGUGACAGAACAGGGCUUGACCUGUCAGAAGUAUCUAUAGCAGUGUUUCCCACUUCUGGUCUUGGAGAUCUAUAUGUGCUGAGACUAUAAUUAUUCAGUCUAGGAUUUGACACAUUACACUUCUCAGCUAUAUCCUGAAUAGUCUACAUUU